AUGUCUGUUCUCGUCGUCGCCAAGUUCCCCAGCGUCGCUGCUGUCUUGAUGGCUUUGACUGCUUCGUUCUUCCUUCUGUUGCUCGCUCACUGCAUGUUCUCCUUCAUGCAGCUAUGGUCUUGUCCCUUGACUAGCCCUAGGAAACCAAGAGAAAAUGCGCAUGGUUCCUUUUGGAAUGCUCCUACAUCGUUGCCUUUCACGUUUCGUCUCCCCGAAAAGACACCACAACCUGAGAAUAACAUCGAUGCACUACCGAGACGCUCAGUGUCGCUACCUGUGGUUAGUUGGCAGCCCCGUACUCCAGGACCCCGAUUUCAGCCACCUCCACCAGCGUUGUAUGAAAACCCUAUGCCGCUAUCAAUGGCAAAGCUGAUCAUGUCGCGGCAUACGUUUCGAAAACCGAACCCUAAUCGACCACGGAGAACUUCCGUAACAUCGUCGAAGCGGCCAAUGUCAUCGCCACAAACCCCCUCACGCCUCUAUCACUCAAUAGCAUAG